CAAUGUUUCCACAGUAACGGCUGCACGUUGCCUGGGAAACGGAGCCCCUCCUCUCAUCUCUACGCCCACUGCGCAUGCGCGCCGGCGUCAGCUGGGGCAAGAGAGGAAGCAGCAUCAUGGCGGCGUCCGCUCGCAGCGUGCAGUGCGCCUUUCGCAGAGCUAUGGUCCCGUCGUUGGUGGUGAUUUUAGGAGCUACCGGCACCGGAAAGUCCAAGCUGGCGAUCGAGAUCGGGAAGCGGCUCCAGGGAGAAAUAAUCAGCGCCGACUCCAUGCAGGUCUACCAGGGCCUCGACAUCAUUACCAACAAGGUGACAGCUGAGGAGCGCGCUCAGUGCAGACAUCACAUGAUCAGCUUUGUGGACCCGUUGGUUAGCAGUUACACGGUGGUGGACUUCAGGAACAAAGCGCUGUCUCUGAUAGACGACAUGCACAACCGAAAGAAACUGCCAGUCAUUGUAGGAGGAACAAACUAUUACAUUGAGUCUCUGCUGUGGAGAGUCCUGCUGGAUACAGGGCAGGAGAACGAGGAGUCGGGGGACGGAGGAGAAGGGGCUCCGGAUAGGAAACUGGAGCUGGAGAAACUGGGAGGAGUUGAGUUACAUAAACGGCUGGCGGAGGUGGACCCCAAAAUGGCUGCCAUGUUGCACCCCAAUGACAAACGCAAGAUAGCCAGGAGUCUUCAAAUUCACGAGGAGACAGGCGUUCCCCAUAGUCGCUGGCUGGAGGAGCAAAGGGGGCAGAAAGGAGGCGAUGGGCUGGGGGGCCCGCUGAGAUACCCAGCCCCCUGCAUCUUCUGGCUGCACGCUGACAUGGACGCUCUCGACACGCGGUUGGAUGCUCGAGUAGAUGAGAUGUUGUCUGCUGGACUGAUAGAGGAGCUCAGAGACUUCCACGUCCGCUACAAUCAGCAGAAAGUCCAGGCUGACAGUCAGGACUAUCAACAUGGGAUUUUCCAGUCUAUCGGUUUUAAGGAGUUUCAUGAUUACCUGACCGUUCCUGAAAGCAGCAGCACCCAGCAAGAGAAGGACGCACUACGAGACAAAGGUGUAGAAGCUUUGAAGAUUGCUACGAGACGUUACGCACGGAAACAGAAUAAAUGGGUCCGCAACCGCUUUCUUAAACGACCAGGAGACAACGUACCGGUGGUGUAUGCCCUGGAUGUAACGGACGCGUCGAAGUGGGAGGAGACGGUGCUGAACCCUGCACUGCAGAUACUGGACAGUCUCAGCAAGGGUGAGGAGCCAGCUAUUGCACCAAUCAGAGUGCAAAAGCCGGAGCAGGGAAACAAGCGGAGCAGCCAUUCGUGUGAUCUGUGUGACAAGGUGAUCAUCGGUGACUUGGAGUGGACAGCUCACCUCAAAUCCAAAAAGCAUCGCUACCAUGUGAAGAAGAAGAGGAAGUCUGAUCCGAGCUGUGACCAAUCCCAGGUUACCACCACAACACCUUCUGCCUCUGCUGCUGCAGAGAUCGUGGAGAGCCUCUCAAAGGACUCUUGUGCUGCUGUUGUUGCCCCGGGCUGCGGUGAAACCUCUCAGGAGUCUUCCCAAGACACCAGGACAGCAAAUAAGGAAGUACCUGUGACAUUUUGAGUUGCCCAGACUCUGGACUACAUCCGUCUUCAUUCAGGUUUCCACCUCUGUUCUGCACUAACAGCUGGAUGUUUCCUUACAGCCCUUGUAGGGCUACGUUCUUACUACAGAAUCUAAUUUAUAUUUUCUCUUUGAACAUGCUGCACAAUCUUCUCAUUUGUCAGACUAUUUCCUUUUGAAUGGGACAGAUGAGUUAAUAAUAUCCAUGCUGAAUGUGGAUAUCAAAGAACACAAGCACCGAAUAUGGACCCUUGAAGUGGUUCUUUUUUUAGAUAUGUCGAUUGUCAAGACAAUUCAACAUUGUGGACGGAUAAAUUAGAUGUUUUUUUGCAGGUACAGCCCAAAAAAUAUAGAAUUUUUAAUUUUUUGCUAUUGCCUGAAAAUCUUCUUUAAAUUGUGAGAGGUUUAUUUUUUUGUUUUAGUGCCUGAAAUGCUAAUUUAAGUUUAUUUGUUGCCUUGGCUUUAGCCUCAUGCACUUUUAACAUCAUCCGACUCGUUUUGAAAAUGUUCAAUAAACCAAAGGAUCUUAAAGUCUUACAACCAACA